UGAGCGCGUUUCUUGAUUUGUCCCUCUUAGGUUACCGUAGCAGGAAGCAGCGCUUGCAGUCGGGGCUCGCGGGUGUCAUUCAUCAGAUAGCUACUGUCAUUACAGUCGAGGCUGGGUUAUCGAGUCUAAAGGUCUCCGGUGAUAGAAAGCAGGACAUGAGUGAGCUCCAAGAUGCAGGUCAAAGGGGAGAGCAGGAGGAGGUGACAGAACUGGUUUGUCCGGAAGCUGAUCUCCACGAUGGACAAAUGAAAGAGGUGACUGUGCAGGAUCAGAAGGUGCUUGUGGUUCGAACACAGGGUCAGUACUUUGCGGUUGGGGGCAGGUGCUCCCAUUAUAAUGCUCCUCUGAUCAAAGGAGCACUUGUUGGUGAGAGAGUGAGAUGUCCCUUUCAUGGAGCCUGCUUUAAUGUGAGAACUGGAGAUAUUGAGGACUAUCCAGGCCUGGACUCUCUACCCACCUAUAAGGUAAAGGUUGAGGAUGGCAAGGUUUAUGUUUCUAUCAACCAAAAGUCUCUGAAGUUGACGAAGCGAGUGAAGGAGAUGUGCACGCUUGAACCAGGCGCCAAACAUACUGUACUUCUUGUUGGAGGCGGCCCCGCCUCUCUGGUUUGCGCUGAGACACUUCGGCAAAACUGCUACCAGGGUCGCAUCAUCAUGGUGACCAAAGACAGCCUGCCUCCAUAUGACAAAACUAAACUGAGCAAGGUUAUGAAUGUGGAAAGCAGCAGCCUCCUGCUGCGACCAGCUGAAUUCUAUCAACAAUAUGGGAUUGAAGUGUGGACAAAUAAAGAGGUGGUGUCUGUGAACCCUGGGAACAAGCUGGUGCAGAUAAAUGAUGGUGCUUUGCAGCAUUAUGACCAGCUCCUCAUCUCAACAGGCUGCAGAGCGCGGCCGCUCAGUUGUCCAGGUUCUGACUUGAAGGGCGUGCAUUUGCUGCAGAGUUAUGACGACGCCAAAGAGAUUCACAGCUCUGGCACCAAGCAGAAAGCUGUUGUGAUUGGAGCAUCGUUUAUAGGUGUGGAAGUCGCUGCAUAUCUAUCAGACAAAGCUGCAGGCGUUGCUUUAGUUGGUCCAACUCAAUACCCAUUUGAGAACACUCUGGGGCCUGAGAUUGGGAGGAUCUGCAUGCAAAUGUUAGAAGAACGAAAUGUGAAGUUCUACAUGAACAGCAAAGUGACGGAGAUCAGAGGGGAGAACGGAAAGGUAAAAGAGGUGGUGUUAAAUAAUGGUACAGUCCUGGAAGCUGAUGUGGUGAUUGCUGGAAUUGGUGCAAUCCCAAAUUCAGGCUUUUUGGCUGGAACUGAGAUUGCUGUGGAUUCAAAGAAAGCUGUGAUUGUGGAUAAGUUUAUGAGGACCAACACACCAGACAUUUUUGCUGCUGGUGACGUAACCUCCUUCCCUCUCACCAUUCGUGGCGGCGAGCAGGUCAGCAUCGGUCACUGGCAAAUGUCCCACGCUCAUGGAAAAAUAGCAGGUCUGAACAUGAUGAAGAAACCGACUCCAAUUGAGUCGGUUCCCUUCUUCUGGACUACAUUUCUUGGAAAGGGCAUCAGAUACACAGGCUAUGGAGAAGGAUAUACAGAAAUCAUAUUCAAAGGCAAAGUAGAAGAAAGGAAAUUUCUGGCGUUCUACAUAAAGAAAGAUGUGGUGGUGGCUGCUGCAAGCAUGACGUUUGAUCCUGCAGUAGCUCAAGUUGCAGAACUGAUGUCAAAGGGGAACAUCAUCACAAAGGCUCAAGCUCAAGCUGACAGCCUGAGCUGGCUGCAGAUGUAGGUGGAUGACUACAUAAAGGUGAAGGUUAGCAGGAGCAGACGAGACCAAGGACGUGGCUUCCAUGUUGCUUUCUCCUCCUUCUGUCUCAAAUUAUAACUAGCCAGAUUGCUGCACUUGAUGCCUCAGGCUUCCAGAGAACCAAUCAGACCUUCUGUCUACUCUGUCUUUGUAGUUGUGUUUCUAUUGUAGCUUUAUUCAAUUAGGUCUUUGUGCACUCUAAAUAAUCUGAUUUACUGAAUAAGAGUGAAGUGUCCUUGUUUUUAUUUUUUUUUAUUUCAUGUUUUAUUGUCAUUGAAUCACAUUAAGUUGUCAACGUCGACAUACCCCAAAUGUUUGUAAGUAGUUACGUAAAUGUAGUAACGCAGCAAUUUGAGGAUAUUUUGUAGUAAUUUCACUGAAGAAAUUCAUUUGUUCUAUUUAAGCACUUUUGGCUUUGAGCUGUUUUUUUUUUAAAUCAAAACCACUUUUUUUGUUUAUUUUAAAAUCAACUCAUUUAAUGUCAACGGUUUAUAAAAACACUGAAGAAACACUGCAGAAAAACACUUUAAGAUAUAUGAUAAAAUUAUAUGAUUUGGGUGAUGGGAUUAAUAAAGGACUCACUCGUAAAGGGAUCACUAGCUAACCGUGUUUCUGAAAUAUUUUCAUAAUUUUGCAUGACAUAUUUAGUAACUGUUGUUAACUGUGGACCAAACAUUUUAUUGGAAAAGUACAACAAUAAUGAAAACUGUGCGUUUGUUGGGUUUGUGCAUUAACAUUUUAGUCUAUACAGUUAUUGUGUUAACCAACAAAGGUACAUGCAUGACUAAAUGUCACGAUGCAUAAAAUAAUAUUUAUCGCUGUAGAUGGAUGCAUUCAGGUGUGGGGAGGGGUGUAACAAGUGGACUUACAGACGAAAAUGACAUUUUUUUUUGACUGUUCACCAAAGUGUCUUAACUAAUAACAAAUUGUUAAAUUUUAUGGUAUUUUUGGUUUUUUAUUCUAAAAGCAAAACUGCUUGUUUAAAGGAUUUAAUUUCAAUAAACAUAAAAUGCCAAACUUA